AGAAAGCGCCGAGGCAUCCGUGAUCUCAUUUUGUCGCUUCUUGUUGUAUUCCGCUACCCCAAAUAUCCCACCAUUUUUGGGUGUUUUCCUUUUUCUCUUGCGUUCACGGGACGCCCUAGUUGGUAUCUUUUCCUUUCACUACUUGGAGGGUGCCUCAUCCAUUUGCUGUUGAGAAAUUUGGUUCACUCGAGUGCUUUUUUUCGAAAUGCUGGAAAUGAUUCUCAGGCUGUUGUUUGGUUUGCUGUUCUUGCUUUCUGUGCUCUCGGGCCUUGUGCAUGGAAAAGAAUGCACCAAUGGGUUACCUGAGCUCGCCUCACACAGUCUCCGCUAUCGGUUGGGCAUCUCCAAGGAUGAGGUUUGGAAAGCAGACAUGCUUUCGCAUUACCAUUUGACACCGUCUGAUGAUUCUGCUUGGAUGGGGUUACUCCCGAGGAGGCUUCUGCCUGGUGAAGAAGUUCAGAAAGAGGAGUUUGAUUGGGCCAUGCUCUACAGGAAAAUCAAGAAUCCAGAUGGAGUCAAUGUUAGACCGGAAGGAGAGAACUUUCUGAAUGAGAUUUCGCUGCAUGAUGUUCGGUUGGAUCCUGAUUCAAUUCAUGGACAUGCGCAACAAACCAAUCUGGAGUACUUGUUGAUGUUGGAUACUGAUAAUCUUCUUUGGAGCUUCCGGAAACAGGCUGGUUUGCCAACUCCAGGCAAACCAUACGGUGGGUGGGAGGCGCCAGAUGUGGAACUCAGGGGCCAUUUUGUGGGGCAUUUUCUGAGUGCAUCUGCUAUGAUGUGGGCUAGCACCCAUAAUGACACACUCUAUCAGAGGAUGACAUCAGUGGUUGAUGCACUUAAUUCCUGUCAGAAGAAAAUUGGCACAGGAUAUCUUUCAGCGUUUCCAACUGAACUUUUUGAUCGUGUGGAAGCUUUGGUUUAUGCAUGGGCACCAUAUUACACCAUCCACAAGAUCAUGGCAGGCCUUCUGGAUCAGUAUACUUUUGCUGGUAAUUCCAAAGCAUUACCAAUGGCAGUUUGGAUGGCUGACUACUUUGCGAAUCGAGUGAAAAAUGUCAUAUUAAAGUACAGUAUUGAAAGACACUGGAGGCUUCUCAAUGAGGAAACUGGUGGCAUGAAUGAUGUUCUUUAUAGGCUAUACUCCAUUACGGGUGAUCAGAAGCACUUGAUAUUGGCCCACCUUUUUGACAAGCCGUGCUUUCUUGGAAUGCUUGCAGUGAAGGCUGACAGUCUCUCUGGUUUCCACACUAAUACUCAUGUUCCAGUUGUUAUUGGAGCACAGCAUCGAUAUGAGAUCACUGGGGAUUUGCUUUACAGAGAAAUAGGAACACUCUUUUUGGAUGUCGUCAAUUCCUCCCACACCUAUGCAACAGGUGGAACAUCUGUUAGUGAAUUCUGGUCAGACCCAAAACGCUUAGCUGAUACCUUAACCACUGAGACUGAGGAAUCCUGUGUCACACACAAUAUGCUGAAGGUCUCUCGUAACUUAUUCAGAUGGACCAAAGAAAUAGCAUAUGCUGAUUACUAUGAGAGAGCCCUCACUAAUGGUGUCUUAAGCAUUCAGAGGGGGAGGGAGCCUGGAGUCAUGCUUUAUUUACUUUCAUUAGAACCAGGGAAGUCGAAAAAAGACAAUUCUCAUGGGUGGGGAACUCAGUUUGAAUCCUUUUGGUGCUGUUAUGGCACAGCAAUUGAAUCAUUUUCAAAAUUGGGAGAUUCCAUCUACUUUGAGGAAAAGGGUGACACGCCUGGACUUUACAUCAUUCAGUAUAUUGCAAAUUCUUUUAAUUGGAAAUCUGGAGGAGUCACACUCCAUCAGAAAAUAGAAUCUGUUAGUUCUAUGGAUGCUGCGCUUCAAGUCUCAUUGGCCAUUUCCUCAAAUGAGUCCUCAAAUCAGCCCUCAACUUUGCACCUGCGGAUACCAAGAUGGACAUCUGUAGAUGGUGCAAAAGCAACAUUAAAUGAUCAAGAUUUGUCUUUACCAGCUCCAGGUAAUUUCUUGUCUGUUACGAGACAAUGGACUUCAAACGACAACUUGACACUUCAGUUCCCAAUUGGCGUAUGGACAGAGGCCAUAAAAGAUGAUCGCCCUGAGUACGCAUCAGUCCAGGCUAUACUCUUUGGUCCAUACCUUCUUGCAGGUCUGACCGAUGGUGAUUGGAACCUUGGCACCGGGAAAGCCAUGUCCGAUUGGAUAACUCCGAUUCCAGCAUCUUACUCAUCUCAGUUGACGACCCUCUCUCAAGAAUUGAGUCGCAAGACCUUCGUCCUCUCCAACUCAAACAAAUCUCUCACCAUGAAGGAUUGGCCUUAUGAUGGAACCAAUGAUGCCGUUCAUGCAACAUUCAGGCUUAUUCCUGAUUCAAAAACCUCUAAGGACAACGCCACUAGACCGCAGUAUGUGAUGCUCGAGCCAUUUGAUCUUCCGGGGAUGGUGGUGGUGGAGCAAGGACCCAAUAACGAGCUCUCUGUCGAUUCACCUACCAACAGCUCAAAUUCAGUGUUCCAGAUGGUGGCAGGAUUAGACGGGAAACCAAAUACGGUAUCUUUCGAAUCAGUAAAACAUCCGCGGUGUUUCAUUUCUGCAGGAGACACUGUUAAGCUCCUCUGUCAACAAGGGAACAUCAGGAGGGGAAUGGCUUUACAACAAUCAACAAGCUUUGUGAUGAACGAGGGCUUAAAACAGUACCAUCCAAUUAGUUUCAUUGCUGCAGGUGCGGCGAGGAAUUUCGUACUGGAGCCAUUACUGAGCUUGAAGGAUGAAACUUACUCCGUUUAUUUCAACAUUAAUUGAAUUUUUAUCAUCAAAAGAGGUAGCUAAUAAUUUGAUUAAAUAUGAUUACAUUUGCAUAUAGUUGGAACCUUAGUGUUGCAUUGGGAUCCCUUCGUAUGAAAUAAAUAAUUUUUCUUAUUGCCUA